AUGAACUGGUUUUCAAGAAGUUUUCAAGAUCAACUGAUCAUGGCAGCCAAGAGUUUGAACCUGUGUCAAGUAGCUGAAAUAAAGCAGAAGCUGUCCAACAAUGUCAAGAUGGUUCAUCUUGCCAAGGAAUACAGCGUUUCUCCGCACACUAUCAAGAGAUUGAGCCAGGGCUUGGACUUGUCUUUGGAGGAACAAUCUCCGGGGACCAGAAAACGGCAGGUCAACUUGACAGUGCAGCAAAAAGCCGCUAUCGUCGCAGCUCUGGACGCCGGCAAAACAACGCAGAGUUUGGCCCAGCUCUACGGCGUUGACCCGACGACGAUCAGAAGAGUGAAGUCGCAGAAGCCAGAAAUUAUGAAGCGCGCCCUGGAAUUGGAUGACAGCCAGCAGAAUAAGGAAUGCAAGAGGAUCCACGUCGAAGAGAAUCCUCGCGACAUGGCGCUGUACGAGUGGUUCAAGCAGCAACGUUCAUCGGGGGCUCCAAUCUCGGGCGAUGUUCUGAAAGCUAAGGCCUUGGAGCUCAACAAGUUCGUUGGGGCAGCGGCCGAUUUCAAGGCCAGCAAUGGAUGGCUAGAGAAAUUCAAGAAGCGCUACCAGAUUCGGCAUUUAUCUAUGCAAGGAGAUAAGUUAUCAUCCGACAACGUAGCAGCAGAGAAUUUCAAAGAGGCGCUGCAUUCUUACUUGAAAGAGAAAGGAUACACCGAGGAUGAGGUCUACAACGCCGAUGAGACGGGCUUAUUUUUCAAGUCCUUGCCGAAGAAAACUCUAGCGGCGGGAUACGAGCGGCAUCCGUCGGGAUUGAAGGAGCAGAAAGAACGAGUGACUGUGAUGUGCUGCGCCAAUGCGUCCGGAUCGCAUAAAAUCACUCCUCUACUCAUCGGCAAGUCGAAAAAUCCCAGAUGUUUUUCGAAGUGCGAGAGAGAGAAACUGCCCGUCAAAUACACGAACAGCCGUUCAGCUUGGAUGGAUCGGAACAUAUUCUUGGACUGGUUCGAGAAUAUUUUCGUCAAGGAGGUCCGAGCGCAUCAUCCGCCGCAUCAGAAAAUUCUUCUCCUGUUGGACAAUGCGCCGUCGCACCCCGCAGCAGCUGAAUUAAAUUGCAUCGCUGAGAACGUUGAAGUGAUGUUCCUGCCGCCGAACGUCACCGCUUUGAUUCAGCCAAUGGAUCAGGGCGUCAUUGAAAAAAUGAAAAAAAUGUUCCGGAAAAAUUUAGUUAAAGCGCUAGUUCUAGAAGAAGCAACAUCGGGAGCAAGCGUCAUCGAUUUGGCAAAGAAGCAGACGGUGAAGGACUGCUGCUACCGAAUUUCUAGUUCGUGGGAUGUUAUCAACGCCAGAGAUCUCCGCAACGCAUGGAACAGAAUUUUGGGCAAGGACGAUUCUCCCUACGAAAAAAGAGCAUCGGCUGAAGAAGUUAACUUGUUGUUACAACUUCUUAAGGAUAGCCCAGCCUUCGCCGACUACACAUUCGAGAUGGCCCAAGCAUGGAUCGAGGAAGAUUACACGGAUAAUGGCUGGCAAAAUUUGAACAUCCAAGAAAUUUUUGAAAGAAUCACGUCUAAUAAUCCGGAGAAGUUCGCUGAAGAAGACGAGGAGCCGAUCGCAGAAGUCGAAAAUAUAGAACCAGAGAAAGAAGUUUCCGUUGGAGAGGCCUACGAUGCGGCUCUGAAGCUUCGAACAUUCUUAGAGCGAACGUGGGAUUCGACGAGCGCGCAGAUAAGCAAUGUGCAAGAAGUCGCCGAUUUAAUACUAAAUAUAUACAAACCAAUGUAA